CGGACUAUUUAAGCUGUUCCCGAGCCGAGAAAAGGACUUCCCGUCUUUGCCGGUCACCGUCCACCCUCCCUCUUGUCCUCCUCGGACCUCCGCUAGAGCGAGAGGAGAGAUGUCGAAGAAGAAGUUUUCCGCGGGAUCGAUGACGAUGACGCUUAAGGAUUUCCAUGGAGGCUCCAUCCCCUCCGAGCUUACACUCCCUUCCGCUCCGGGCGUAUCAUCGAGGCCUCAUGAUCGGCCCAGUGCUUGGACUGCUGCCCCUAACGCUGCUGGAGCUUCUACUGGGGCACGCGCUGAUCACCACCGCCCUCGGCCCGGCUCCUCCGGUGGGCUUCCCCGUGUCCUCGACGAGCGCGGUCCGGCUUUCCUUUCCUCUUCGUCAUUCAUUGGUCACCACUUUGAUGAGGACGAGCGCAAGCCCUUUGAUUCUUCCUCCGUUCCUCGACGCCCAUCGAUUGUGGCCGCGGAAACCAUCCGCUCUCAACCAGUCGUUGCGUCUCAGGCAUCCGCGCGAUCGGAUCCCAAACGCCCUGUUUCCAGUCCGGUAGUGGCACAACAUCUCUCCCCAUCCCCCGGAGUUUCUACUUCUUCUGCCGGCAAUGCGUGGGCGGCUAGGAAGGAAGCACCAGUUAAAGGAGGUAUGGUUACCGAGCCACCGCAGACCCAUCCUUCCGUGACAUUGUCUGGACCUGCGGCUGCAUCUAGAUUUGCACAGGCUAGUGCGAUUGAGAAGGUUUCUUCGGGAAGGUGGCAAUCAAAGCCACCAGAUGUGGAGGUGAUCAGAUUCCAGGAUGUGGAGAGCUUGGAUCGGAGGACCGUGGAUAGUGUUCCGAUUUGGAAUGAUGAGGAAGGGAAUUUGGGAAGGGUUUCCCCUUAUUCUGGAGUAAAGGAUAGGAAAUUAGGUGGCCUUCAUUCUGAUGGUUUUCUGCAGCAGGAGAGGAUGAUAUCGGAAAACAAGGAGAUAAACGUUUUUGGAUAUCAGUCUGAUUUGCCUCGGCCAGUUUCUCAUGAGGGUAGGGUAGCGACAUCACACUAUCAGCAUACUCUGGAUGAUGCUUUAGAGAGGCCAAAGCUGAAGUUGCUUCCAAGGACGAAGCCAUUGGAGCCCUCUGAUGCUACGAUAUCGGAGGACAAGCAGGGGUAUCUAUAUCCAACUACUCUGAUGCAUAUGGAAGAACCUCAAGAAAUGUGUAGAACUGUGGGUAAGAUGAAGUCAGGGUCAGCUGGAGCUGAUGCUGUGAGCAGGCCAGCUGAACGCCCAAAGUUGAAUCUAAAGCCCCGCUCGCAGCACGUUGAACAGCGUGAUGAAAGUUAUGAAAAGGAGAGGUAUGGGAUUGAAGCAAGGAGAAGCAUGCUUGGUGGUGCACAUUGUGGGGUGGAAAUAGUCGAGCAUGCGAAUGGGCGUGAGUGUUUCCUCUCUUAUGGAAGGCAAUCAACAAUAAUUUUCAUCCCUUCCAAUGACGCUUCUCCUAGAUAUUGUUCUGGUCAAUGGGUUAGACCUGAUGUCUUGAAACUUGAUUCUAAGCCGGAGCCUACCGCAUCUUCAUUUAAUCGUCAGAUCGAACCAGAGUCAUCUCCCUCCGAACGCAGAAGCUUGAGGGAUGCUGAGCGAAAAGAUAAUCAACCCCACCAUGAGAAAGGGGAUGCUCAGAGGAAUUCAAGGAGAAAUGAGAACUGGAGAAAUCCUAGGGAGAUGGAGAAGAAGCCAAUAGAACGCUUCUCAUGGAAUGCAUCCUUGCUGCUUUUCCUUCUUGUUAAACAAUGUUCUGGAUUUGCUUCUAAAGAGGUUAGACCUGAUGUCUUGAAACUUGAUUCUAAGCCGGAGCCUACUGCAUCUUCCUUCAAUCAUCAGAUCGAACCAAUGGAGUCAUCUCCCGCCGAACGCAGAAGCUUAAGGGAUGCCGAGCGAAAAGAUAAUCAACCCCACCAUGAGAAAGGGGAUGCUCAGAGGAAUUCAAGGAGAAAUGAGAACUGGAGAAAUCCUAGGGAGAUGGAGAAGAAGCCAAUAGAACGGCCACAAGAGCAUGAAACAUGGCGAAAACCUGUCGAGCCUCCCAAGCCCGAAACACCACCAGGCCCUCGGGUUAUUAAAGCCGCCUCGGCUCUAGAACUUGCUCAAGCUUUCUCAAGAUCAAUGUCCGAUUCUACGGUCGAUAAUCGCUACACAAACCAGAGAAUUCUACCUGGCCGAACACAGAUUCCUUUUUCCAGGUUGACAGAUACGAGGGAGAUUUAUUCGGGUUCGACUGACCGCCACAUAAAUGGCUAUUGAUCUUUACAACAACAGUGGAUGGCUUGAUUGAAGUCAAAUGAAAUGGUUGUCUGCUGGUGCAGCACAAAGUCUGGAUAACCAGGCUUAUGUUUAAUUUAUGUUUGACUUUGUUUGCUUACAUUUCCUCCUCUUCGAGGCUCAGUUGGGUUAUUUGGAUUUGCCUAUUCUCAAGUGGGAAGCCAUGUGUGUGAGCUAUUAUAUUUCAUUGGAUAUAUUCAACUGGAUUAAUCCCUACGCCGAGAAGAGGAGCUUUAUGGUCUCAUUACAAUCAAUAUGAUAAACUCUGUGAUUGGGUAAAUGAUGGUAAGUUUAACUUAGUGCUUUAAUUCAUUCAAAAAUAUUUGUUGGGUAAAAAUAUGCCUGGUAUAAUAUAUUUGGCUAAAGGAUAGGCUGUUUUUAUUA